CAUGUCUUCCUUUCUGGAAGGUCAGCCUUAAAAUCAAACAGAGAGAUCAAGCUGUUCUUUUUAUCUUUUGAAUUUGUUUAGAAUUUCAAGUAGGUUGUUGCAAAAAUGGCUGGGCAUCAUGUAUUACAACAAAUGAACAGUCUCAUUCACUACCAAGUUCUUUUAAAUGAUUUGGAGGACAGAAGCAUGUGAUCUUUUAAAUGGUUAUGCCUUUAACCAAAAGGCCCCACUAAAUUUCCUCCAUGCAACUCUCUCCACAAAUAUUUGACAUAUUCUUCAAACCACAAGUCUAUAUAUUACAUGCAUUAACAUAUUGUCCUGCACUAGAUCAAUUUCUCGCAUUCUUAGUUUUACAAGCAAAUCUUCACUUCUUUCAGGGUACCUCUUUAACUUCAACUUCAUAAUCUAGAUUACUGAUUAAAACAUGGCUAUUCGGUUGCCUGGUAUUAUGCAUGCCAAGCAAAUUCUGCGCCGGUCGACUAAGUUUGCAAACCAAGCAGCCUCAACAACCAUGGAUGUGCCAAAAGGUUGCUUUGCAGUAUAUGUUGGAGAGGGCGAAAAGAAACGAUACGUAGUUCCCAUAUCAUUGUUGAAAAAACCUUCUUUUCAAGAAUUGUUAACCAAGGUGGAAGAAGAAUUUGGAUAUGAUCAUCCCAUGGGUGGACUUACCAUUCCUUGCAGAGAAGACAUCUUCAUUGGUCUCACUUCUCACUUGAUGGGAUUGUGAUUGGUGAAACUAAAACACAAAUUCUUGUAUUUUUUUUUCCUUCCUUUUCGUCUUCUUUUUUCCAAAAAAGAAAUGAGAUUGGAAAUUUUCCAACUACACAAGAACGCUGUAAAUAGAUAAUUCUGUUGAGAUUCAACCACACCUACUAUCAGUAAUAGAAUUGAAGACAUCAUUCAGUUGAA